UGUGUUGUGAGCAGCUGUCGCCCCCUAGAGGACUCUAUGCACAAUUACUACUACAUGCUGUCUUGUAUUACGUGUCUUUUCAUGUAUAAAUGGCGUUUAAAAUAUUUUCCACAGUCACUGCGUUAACUCUGAGAGUGAAAUCCUAUCCGGCUGCCUUCGCUGCGCUGAGCUCCAGCUGCAGGUUGACGGUGGAACAUGACCGACAGAACCAGCGGUUCAGCGUCACUCCGGGCACCGGGGCCGAUGCCCAUGAACGUGCAACGCUGCUCUACAGAUUCACAGGGGAGAAGGAGGUGGAUUUAAUGUCAACAUAUGUGCCAGAGUCGUUUAGGGGCCAAGGUGUCGCAGCGCUGCUGUCAAAGGCCGCCAUGGACUUUCUGGUUGAAGAAAACCUCAAGGCUCAUGUCUCUUGCUGGUACAUCAAGAAAUACAUUGAGGACAAUCCACUUCUAGGUUAUAAAGAUCUCAUCAUCACUUGACCGCAGCCUGUUUGUCCAGUUUGCUACCUCGACUCAACGAAAACCUCACGUACCUCACUGUAAAUUACUACGGAGGCCAAAUGGAGGAUGUAAAGCACAGUGUACUUGAUCUGUAGAAUGUGCAACAUCUAGAAGUAAUCAUUAUGAAGGAUGAUUGUUUGAUGGAUUUGCUUGUAAUUUCAUCUACUGAAAUGCCAAAUCACAACAAUUACGAAUAAGUGCAAUGAAAUUAGUAUUAUUUUUAAAGAUUCAUAAUUUGAAUGCUGAAUAAAUGUGAGUAAAGUUACUCAUUAUCUCUCCAUAAAAUUCAGGGUUUGAAGAUGAAGUGGCUGCAUGAUAUUGAUUUUACAUAGAUUCUUUUUACCAACCUGAAACUAGUAAAUUGGUGCUUAUUUUGAUACCAGAUUGCACUUUUUAAUCCUGUUUCUCUGAUCUGUCUGGUAUAUUUUCUCACAAACAUGUAAUAUUUAUCAAUUAUUGAAUGUUGGGACAAGACAUGGAAAUAUUUAUCAUGCCAUAAUGUUUGGAAAUUGAUAUUAUAAUAUUUUGCCAGUAUAUUCUGUACCUUUUUCUUGAUAGAAACUUAUUUUGACAAUUAAAACUUGAUCUUUUCCUCUCUGCA